UCGUGACGCUGUGACUCGAGGCUCCGGGCAGCGCACGAGCCGCGGCGGUUGGUCGUGACAAGUUGCCGCCUCCUCCUGACGCCGGGCCUCGGUGCUCAGGGCAGCUCCCGGCAAUGGCGGGUAUCAGAGUCAAGAUGCUGUGCAGGAACUCGGACCAAUAUGUGAGAGAGACCAAGCAGGACAUACAGCGAGUUCCUAGGAACUAUGAUCCUACACUACAUCCAUUUGAGGUCCCAAGGGAAUACACAAGAGCUUUAAAUGCAACAAAAUUGGAACGUGUUUUUGCAAAACCAUUUUUAGCUUCACUUGAUGGUCACAGGGAUGGAGUCCAUUGUUUGGCUAAACACCCAAAGAGUUUAUCAACAAUAAUCUCUGGAGCCUGUGAUGGAGAGGUAAAACUUUGGAACCUGACAAAGCGUGAAUGCUUCCGAACGUUGCAAGCUCACACAGGCUUUGUCAGAGGACUAUGUACCAGAUUCUGUGGAACAUCGUUCUUUUCAGUUGGUGAUGAUAAGACCAUCAAACAAUGGAAGAUGGAGAGCCCUGCACAUGGGGAAGAAGAAGAACCCAUACAUACAUUACUUGGCAAGGCUAUUUACACAGGAAUUGAUCAUCAUUGGAAAGAAGGUUUGUUUGCCACAAGUGGACAACAGGUGGAUAUUUGGGAUGAGCAGAGAUCCAGCCCAAUUCGUUCAUUUACUUGGGGAGUUGACAGUAUCAGCAGUGUCAAAUUCAAUCCUGUAGAGACCUACCUUCUUGCAAGCUGUGCUUCAGAUAGAAAUAUUGUUCUGUAUGAUAUGAGGCAAGCAACGCCAUUAAAGAAGGUUGUUAUGAGUCUGAGGACCAACACUAUAUGUUGGAACCCUAUGGAGGCCUUUAUUUUUACUGGAGCAAAUGAAGACUAUAACUUGUAUACAUUUGACAUGCGCUCCCUUGAUUCUCCUCUUAUGGUGCAUAUGGAUCACGUCUCGGCCGUACUUGAUGUAGAUUACUCCCCAACAGGAAAGGAAUUUGUCUCCGCUAGUUUCGAUAAAUGUAUUCGUAUCUUCCCUUCAAACAAGGGGCACAGCAGGGAAGUGUACCAUACAAAACGUAUGCAGCACGUUAUGUGUGUUAAAUGGUCUGCAGACAGCAAGUACAUACUUUGUGGUUCAGAUGAAAUGAAUAUUCGUUUAUGGAAGGCUCAUGCAUCAGAAAAACUUGGUAUAAUUUCACCAAGGGAGAAGGCUGCUCUAAACUAUAAUGAAAAACUUAAAGAAAAAUUCCUGCAUCAUCCUCAGAUCAAGCGAAUAGCUCGCCACCGUCAUUUGCCUAAAUCGAUCUAUACCCAGAUCAAGGAACUCCGCAUCAUGAGAGAAUCAAGGCGCAGAAAGGAAAUGAAUCGUCGCAAGCAUAGCAAGCCUGGAUCUGUAAAAAUUGUCCCAGAAAAGAAGCAGCACAUUGUGGCAGUGGUAAAAUAGUGGCUGUAUUUCAGAACACAGUUAUCUUAGUUAUUGGGAACCUCUUGAGAACUUUUUUUUUAAAAAAUGAUAUCAUCUGCCGAAAAAAGAAAAUGUAAAGGUCAUCUUCCGAUUUAAACCAACUUUACCAAGCUAGUUUUAAAGAAAACUUUAAAAAUAACUUCCAAGUUUAAAUUUGUUCAUUAUUGUAUUUUUUUGAGAGUUAUGUUAACUUUUCUGAAAGUAAUUCAUCAUAAAUUGAGUAUGACCUGAAAGAGUGCAAAGGGUGGAAUUAUGCAAAUAAAUCAUUUGGACUAAGACUAA